UCAGGAAUGCCACUGGCAGGCCCGCGGUCACACCCGACCCCUACGCCGAAGAAAAAACACGCGAACUUCCCCUCCGCAGCGAGCCGCCGAUCCCCUUCUGCGCUGCUCCUCGGCGCGGCUCUCUCCGGCGAAUCUGCAUGGCCGGUGGGUAGCCCCCAUCUCCCGCCCUGCUCCUCCCUAUCGCGCCGCUCGCUCCCUGUCUCCAGCAGCAGCCGACGCCCCACUCCGGCGGAAGGCCCCCCGUUCCCCCUCCCCACCUCCCAGGCCGUGGCCAUGAGCUCGUCCGGUAAGUUUCUCGCCCGGGAAGUCAGCCAAUCCUGGCUCCACCUCUGCGUCAAGGUGAUGACGGACGAGCAGAUGGAGGUGCUCCGGAAGCAGAUCUCCAUCUAUGCCACAAUCUGCGAGCAGCUCGUCGAGAUGCACUGUGCCCUCACCGCGCACCAGGACUCCAUUGCAGGGGACCGGUGGUAAGAUGUGGUUCAUGGUGUGUCAUCCAGGGGCGGACGCAUGUUGUGGCGAGUGGGGGCCCAGGACCCCGCUCGAUUCAUCGUCCUCUUCGUACUACGCCCCGAUGCUAGCGAGCAGGCCCCCGGUCGGGCUAUAGCAGGUGCCCCCACUCCCUUCCAGUUCGGCCUUUCUGUAAAGCCCAAUACAAAAAGCUAAUCAAGAAAAAAAUUCAAGGCUGAAGGCGUGCGUCUACCCUGCUGCCGCCUGCCGCUUCGACUCUGGGAGCUCACAAUUAAUAGCGAGAAAAACGAAGAGGCGAGCCCUCGGCCGCCGCUUGGUUGGACCAUUGGUGGAUCGCGGCUUGGCGGGUGCCAGUCCUGUGCCAUCCGGUCGCCGGCCACCGGCGGCGCCACCGUCGACGGGUGUACAGCAGCAACGGAUGAACGGAGCAUCCUCAGCAACUCAUCUCUAAUCAGGGAAGAAAAGGGAAGAUAAUGGAGAAGUAUUUGAUAAAGAAAUCAGCAAAUGCCAACACCACCACCCAGCCCCAGGGGGCUAUCACCAGCAACAAUUCAAGUGGCAGUAGUAAUGCAUCAAGACCUGCAGGAAAACAUAAUUCUGCUGUGCCUGAACUAGUUGAUUUGAAUAAGCUCCCUCGGGAUCCAGCUAAAAGGAAGCGAAUGGCAGAUUAUCACCCCAACCAACGUGACGAGAUAAGAAGGAAGUAUUUGAUUUGGGGACCUAAUCAGCCCCGCAAAUUGGAAUUUCCAUACAGGGAGAUUGGGAAGAAGAAAAAGAAGAGGAGAUUCAAUCCGGAUUGGUAUGAUGAUUAUGCUUAUUGGCUAGAGUACAGCGAGAAGGAGCACAAAGCCUAUUGCUUAUGCUGCUAUUUGUUUAGGGACAACAUUAAAGACAACCACCAUGGGCACGAUGCAUUUGUAGUAGAAGGUUUCAACUGUUGGAACAAGACAGAGAGAUUUGUAACUCACGUCGGUGAUCGUAACAGCUUUCACAACAGAGCACUCUAGGAUUGCGAGGAUCUAUUAAAGCAAGAUCAAUCAAUCCCUGCAGCCUGGAAUAGACAAAGCCAAACUGAAAAGAAUGAGCAUCUCAUCAGGUUAAAUGCCGCAAUUGAUGUUUGUCGAUACUUGUUGCAUCAGGGACAACCUUUCCGUGGCCAUGAUGAAUCUAAAGAUUCUGAAAAUAAAGGAAAUUACCUUGAGUUGAUGGACUACAGUAUUAAGCAAAAUGAUGUUGUUGCUAAGGCAUUCAAGAAUGCUCCAAAUAAUAAUCAAAUGUUGUCUCCCAAAAUUCAGAGAGAUAUUACCGAGUGCUUUGCAAAAGAAGUACUAGGCCAUGUGAUGAAAGAAAUUGGUAAUGGUGUGUUCAGCUUAUUAGUUGAUGAGUGUAGGGAUGUUUCCGACAAAGAACAAAUGGCGGUUGUUCUCCGAUAUCUUGAUAAGUGUGGACUGGUCCAAGAGAAGUUUGUUGGUGUUGUUCAUGUGGAGGAGACAACAUCUUCUUAUCUCAAGUCUUGCAUAGAUUUAUUAUUUUCACAACUUGGGCUGAAUCUUGAACAAGUUAGAGGCCAAGGUUACGAUGGAGCAAGUAAUAUGUCUGGUGAGUUUAAUGGUUUGCAAGCUAAAAUUAUGAAUGAGAACAAAUCAGCAUAUUAUGUACAUUGUUUUGCUCAUAAACUCAACUUGGUUGUUGUGGCUAUUGCAAAGAAGAUAUUCGAGGUCGGAGAUUUCUUUGAUAUGGUUUCAGUUUUGCUGAAUGUCGUGGGCGCGUCUUGCAAGAGAAAAGACCAACUUCGUGAGCAUCACCAAGAAGAAGUGAGAAAAGCAAUAGGAUGUGGAGAGAUUGCUACGGGGACUGGACUGAAUCAAGAAUUAUCUCUUCAAAGACCAGGUGACACUCGAUGGAACUCCCAUUAUAAAACAUUGUUGGGUUUGUCAAAGAUGUUCUCGUCGGUGGUUAAAGUUCUAGAAUAUGUUGAGAAAGAUGGCACAGAUACUGGAAAGAGGCGUCAAGCUAGAGGUCUUCUCAAAUAUUUCCAGACUUUUGAUUCUGCAUUUUUCUUACAUAUGAUGAUGAUGAUAUUAGCUUUAACAAAUGGACUAUCAAAAACCUUACAGAGAAAGGAUAAAGACAUUGUAAAUGCUAUUUCAGAUGUGGAAUCAACUAAACGGGAGUUAGAAAAGCUCAGAACCAAUGAAGGGUGGGAUUCUCUUAUGAGGAAGGUAUACUGUUUCUGUGAGAAACAUGACAUUCCAGUACUGGACAUGGAAGACGCCUAUGUUAACCCAAAGAAGCCAAGACAAAAGACCGGUAUUAACAAUGAACAUUAUUACCGUGUUGACUGUUUCUUUGCUGUUCUGGAUCUGUUAGGAGAAGAGUUUAAUGACAGAUUUAAUGAGGUAAAUUCUGAGUUGCUUCUAUGCAUGUCUGCUUUGAGCCCAAGUGAUUUAUUUUCUCGUUUUGACAAGGCGAAGUUGCUGAAAUUAGCUAAGCAUUAUCCCGAUGACUUUAAUCACCAAGAUAUGGUGACUCUUGAGCAUGAACUUGGUCUCUACAUAGAUAAUAUACUCCAUGAUACAAGGUUUUCUAGCUUGGACAAAAUAGGUGAUCUAGCUAAACUGAUGGUGGAUACAAGGAAGCACCUCUCCUAUCCUUUGGUAUAUCGGCUUUUGAAGCUAGCUUUGACUCUUCCUGUUGCCACUGCCACUGUUGAGAGGUUUUUCAGCUAUGAAGAUUGUGAAGAAUGCUUUGCGUAACAAAAUUGGUGAUGAUUAUUUGAGCCAUAGCCUAAUUUGCUUUGUGGAAAAGGGACUGCUGGACGAAAUUACUAAUGAAGUGAUUGUUGAUCGUUUUCAUAAGAUGAAAGAUCGUCGUGGGAAGAACGAAAUGUAAAGAUCCAAUGCCAUACACCUUUUGUGUGUUUACCAUCUCCAUUUGUAUUUUAAUGGCUAAUACUAAUAUGUGUUUUUUCUUCGCAGAUAACGGCAUUUAUAUUAGAAAUGAAUAUUCUCUUUUGCAAAGCAUGAACUGUUGGGAUAUGAAGUCUUUUUGUAGGCUCUGA